AUGGCGCACUUGAAGACAUCUGCGCUCCUCACGGCGCUGCUGAGCGUAUGCGCCGGGGCUCAACAACUCGGCUCGGUGAUGGACACACCCGCGACAGUAACAGCACCAAGGUCGUCCCUAUCGUAUACCAGAGUGAGUUCGCUCCUCGACACCAUCAUCUCCCGCGGGUACCUCAACGUCGGCACGACGGGCGACUACAAGCCCUUCACGUACCUCGUCAUGAACAACACGACCGGGGACGCCACCUCCACAGCCACCAUCACGACCUACGUCGGCGCCGACAUCGACGCCGCCCACUCCCUGUCCAGCGCUCUCGGCCUCACGGAACCGCCGCGGCUCGUGCCAACCAAGUGGGCCAACGUCACCAGCGACCUGGUGGCCGGCAAGUACGACAUCGCCAUGGGCGGCGUCAGCCUGACCCUCGACCGCGCCAGGGACGUCUUCUUCUCCACCGCCAUCCAGCGCGUGGGCAAGACGGCGGCCAUCCGCUGCGCCGACGCGGACAAGUACAAGAACCUCGAGUCCCUGGACAAGUCGGGCGUCCGGAUCGCCGUCAACCCGGGCGGCACCAACGAGGCCUUUGACCGCGUGAACAUCAAGACGGCGACCAUCGUGCUGGUCGACGACAAGAACGCCGUCUACCAGGCGAUCCUGGACGGCAAGGCCGACGCCGUCAUCUCGGACCUCAUCGAGGUCCAGCUGCAGGUCAAGAUGCACGAGGGCGAGAUAUGCCUCACCCAGCUGGAUGUGCCGUUCAACUUUGAGGAGCUGGGGUACGCCAUCCCCAGGGACAUUGUCUGGAAGCAGUUUGUCGACAGCUGGGUCAACGUGCAGCUUGGGAGCGGCGCCUGGAACCAGACACUGAAUAAAUGGCUGGGCUACAUGUGGCCGAAUGUGUAG